GGCAUCACAUUGUCAAUGCAAAAAUGUCAGUAGAUCUGCAAAUGGCUUAUAUUUACACCGUAAUCCAUGGCUAUCCUUACGAACCGUUGUACGAUUGUUCAACUAAAACUAUGGAAGAAUGGUACGCCACCGGAGCAGUGCAGUUGCCUUUAGGUAUCUAUUUUCUUGUUACAGGAACAAUCUUGGAGAGUCUCUACCUACCGUGUCUCGUUUCUAUAUGGAGAUCAAAAUUGUUCCGAAAUUCUUGUUAUAAAAUAAUGUUUUUCCUUGGUGUUUUGGACAUGUGGUCGCUUUUUGUUAAUUCUAUCAUGACUGGUUAUUUUGCAUUAAAAGGAGCUGUAUUCUGUACAAAUCCAGUUACGCUGCUGACUUUGGGUGCCUUCGGCUGUGGUGAGUAUUUGAAGUUCAAGAUAGAAAUUACACGGCAAGCGGAAAUUGCUGGUCAUUGA